GGGAGAUUUGAACUGGACUCUACUGUUCUUCGUUUCCGUUGUUACCGCCCUUCUCGUGCCACGUAUGUCAUCCGAUUUGUCGGACUGCUAAUCCUUCCAUCUUCAUCGAGUGGAGUAUCACUGAUCUUACACCUCGACAUCUUUAAGGUUGAUGUCAAUUCUUUCGAAAACUAGGUUUCGUAUUUGUGCCACAACCUUUUAAGUAACACUGAAAAUACAUAGAUCGAAGUCGUCGAUUAAUUGUCUUAUGAAAAUGGCUAAGAAGAAAUCACUUGUUAUAACCGACCCAUCUGCAAAUCAAGGUUAUAUCGAUAAAAUGUGUGAUAAAGAACCUUCAGACUUUUGUAAUAUUUGUCUUCUCAUAUUUCUCUACAUUUUGCAAGUGGGUUUUCUGAUUAUUUAAAACGUUCUUAGCAUACUCGACUAUUCCGAAUAUUGAUUAUUAUGUAGAUUAAGGUUUAAAUGUAAAUUGUCAGGAGAUUUUGUUGACCGAAAUCUAAUUUCAAACAUAUGUGAUCUCAACUAAUUUUUUAUAUUUUUCGGAGCCAAUUACUUUGUUAAACGGAAUCGCCGUUAUUAACGAAACACUAAAAGGCCAACUAUCUAAGGUUUUAGGAUUAUACUUUAAGCGCACUGUAGCAGCAGAAGAUCAAAUUCGAAGUAAUCAUUUAGAUUUUAGAGCGUGUAUAUAAGUCUCCAUUAGUCCAUGGACAGGCAAGACUCAAAACUGUACAAUUGGUAAGCCCUCGAUAAAUUAUUCAGGGGUGCAUCAGAUUAUGUUGUCCCAGUACUCGUAUGAUGCAGACAAAUCAGCGUAUUUUUGUGCUGGUUCCGUAGUCUAUUAAGCCCUCAAGUUUCAUAUUUGCCACCAAACAGUUUUUGUCCAAUCCACUUGAUAAAAAACCCGUCGACCGAAAAAUUAACCCAAUAGAAGAACAGUUUGCUGUAAAUGUCCGGAAUUAGUGUGUCAGUUAACACAUUUUAGGUCUGCUUAACUUCUCCAUAAGCAUGUUCAAUAAGUCACUAUUUCGGGUCAUCAUCGGAUAUCAUAUGCUAUCAUAGUGUUCAGUUAGCUAAGCACAUAUCACUUAUUUUGUUUUUAAGUUCUUCCUAAGCGUCACUAAACUGAACUAGACAAUUCAAAGUAUGUAGACAUAUUCGGACCGAAGUCGUUAAAACAUGUAUUUCCCAUCCGAACUUCCCGCUUACUGUAAACCCUUUUGUUUUCUCUGGGUUUAUAACAGAUGAAAAAUACAUUGCUUCACAAUAAUCAGUUAAAAGGGAUGUCGAUUAUCUGAUCUCAACAGACAAAUUUCGAGACAGACACAACAACAUUCCUCUCUUUCGGCUUCGAUUUCAGCAGUUUGCCUAAACAUACUCCUAAGUUCAUAAAACGUGUACAGGGAAGUUUCAAAGCAUUUUUAAGGUCUAACUGAGAUACCAUAUUGGUUUUUGAAUUUAAUGAUAGCUUGUACGGUCUUGUAACUACCUCCAUUCUUCAUAUCUGGUCUGUAGAAGGGUCGAGACUGACGUUAUAGUACCUUAAAUUUCAGCAACGGACUGUUACUGUUUGUUUGCCUUUACAUUUUUGUAGUUAGUAUUUUUCAUGUCAUUCGUUUUAAAUGAUCAUCUAAUAUAGAUUUUAGAACUAACUAAAUAUGUUCUUGGUCCAAUUUAUCUCAUUGUUAGGGCAUCCCUCUUGGACUGUCGUCUGCAGUCCCUUACUUACUACAAUCAGAUCCAAAAUCGGCUAAUUACCAAUCACAAGCAGCUUUCUCGUUUGCAUUUUGGCCAUUUUCACUUAAAUUAGCUUGGGCUCCAAUAGUAGACUCGUUGUACAGUUCACGUAUAGGAAGACGAAAGACUUGGCUUAUUCCCAUUCAAUAUGCUCUUGGAAUUAACCUGCUUAUUAUCGCGCUCUAUGUUAACCAGUGGUUGGGGCGUACUCCUGAUAACCCAUGGGGCCCAUUAGGUGUGAUGCAUCCAGUGGAUAUUUCACGCUUGACUGUAGCUUUCUUUGGACUUACUUUUCUUGCAGCUACACAAGAUAUUGUAGUAGAUGGAUGGGCGCUUACGAUGUUGUCUAGAAAAAACUUGGGAUGGGCUUCCACAUGUAAUACAGUUGGUCAAACAUUAGGUCAUUUAAUUGCGUUUGUCGUCCUCAUGUGUUUAGAAUCACCAGAUAUUUCUAAUAAGUAUAUACGAUUGACUCCUGUUGAAGGUGAAGGGCUGAUUACUUUUUCAGGUUUUCUUUAUUUUUGGGGUAUUGUAUUCUUGGUGGCAACCACACUUGUUGGAGUUUUCAAGAAGGAGGUACCUCAUAAUCUGUCCGUUAUAUCAUCUGCUCAUUCUAAUCAACUUAGUAAUAAUUCAAAUGGUCCGUUAAUCUAUUCAAAUCAAAUAGGAAACAUCGAAAGACAGUUAUCCUCUAGAAAUCGUAUCUCACAAACAAAUACAAUUGAGAAACAGAUUAGUUGUGAAUCCACUCGAAGUCGUUCACGUACUCCCAGUGGUUGGAGUCGUAUUAUUGAAAUUUCUGCAGAUGAAGAACUGAAUGUAACUGAGUCAAACAAAGAAUUGUCAUUAUUUGAUACUUAUCGUUUUAUGUUAGGCAUUUGUAAAUUGAAGCCUAUUUUACAAUACGUAUUGUUAUUAUUCAUUGCCAAGGUUUGCUUCUGUCCCGCAGAUGCAAUAUCUGGACUAAAACUAAUUGAACAAGGUCUACCAAGAGAGAAACUUGUUUUCAUUGGGGUCCUACUAUUACCGCUUGAAGUGAUUCUACCACUGCUUAUUACUCAAGUGGCAAAUGGACCGAGAUUACUAAAAUAUUAUACAUGGGCUUUUUUACCUCGUUUAUUUCUAGCAACAUUAUCUGUUCCAUUGAUUUAUUUUGCACCGUACUUUAAAAUUUCAAAUCAAAUCCAUUCAAUCAUUCCUAAUAAUCAUACAUUAGAAGAGUCAGCUCCCAUCCUUGAAUCAACUACAACUCAUACAUCAUUCUCAUGGCUUUUCUACGGUAUCAUGAUUUGUCAUUUGGCUAUUUAUUCAGUAUUCUCUACUGUGAUGUUUAUUACUCAAGUAUCAUUUCAUGCAAAAAUAAGUGAUCCAGCUGUGGGUGGAACUUAUAUGACGUUGUUAAAUACUGCAGCUAAUUUAGCUACAAGUUUGCCGAAUACUCUGUUUUUAUCACUCGUCGAACCACUUACUGUAAGAAAAUGCUCUGGAGCUGAUUUAUUAAAAGCUGGGUUAUUAUCUUUACGAACUAAUUCUGUUCAAUCUGUUAAUACAAUCAAUAUAACUCAUCCUAUACAAUAUUCAAAAGAUGAGAUUUAUAGAAAUGGACAAUUAUGGUUGGCUAACAAUGCUACCUGUGAGAAUUCUAAAACUAUUCAGGCUUGUCUUGAUAUCAGUGGGACAUGUUCAACAUUACUGGACGGUUUCUAUGUUGAAGUUGGAUUAUGUUUGCUUUUCGGACUGGUCACAUUCCCAACAGUAGUACUUCCUUAUGCUAAUCAUCUUGACACUCAACCUAAUGAAGCGUUUACUCUUCGUCCUUCAUCAUCACUAGCCAGACAUCAAAGUAGAACUGAUAAUAAUGAGGCCAAAAAAACUAGAAAGGACUAAAAGAACGUUUCGGAACUAAAGUAUAAUUUGCUUACCUUUUUGUGAAUAUAAUUUCCACUAUGUUGCACUGUUUUUCUGUCUGUCAUUUUCCCCAUUCGUUUCUUGUUAUAUACAUUUAUGUGGAUAUUAUUUUACUUUUCGCUUUCUCUGUGAAUGUUUUUCUCCGAAAUAUUCAUCGCUGUGAAUUCGCUUCUCUCUGAGAUGUAGAUUUAUAACUCAUAUAUACACACGCAUACUCACAUGUAUGUCCUGUCCUUUCCUUUCCACACAAUAACACUGACGAUGAUACUGGUAGUUUGAUAUUUAAUUAAGCAUAAAAUGUUGAAGUUCAUUAUUACAUCUUAAUUAUUUUGUGUUAUGUGUAUACAGAAAGGUAACUUUAAAUUUCACGUUGUAGAUUGUUAUUUAUUUCAUAAUAUUACUUUUAUUAUUUUUGUUAUUUACAUGUGCAAAUUCUCUGUACGUAGGUGUUAAUAACCGAAUGGAAAAUAAUAAAUUAUACAAAAAAA